AUGGAUCUAUUGGGAGCAGGGACCGUUUUCCUCAUCAUCUGCCUCUGUUGCCUGAUGGUCCUCUCGACGUGGCGACAGUUGCGUGGGAAGAGCAAAAUGCCACCGGGACCGACUCCUCUGCCCUUUAUUGGAAACUUGCUCCAGGUCAACUUAAAAGACAUGCACCGUUCGCUUGUGAAGAUCAGUGACAAAUAUGGCCCUGUCUACACCAUCCAUCUGGGGCCCCGACGGGUUGUGGUGUUGUGUGGAUACAAUGCAGUGAAGGAGGCCUUGGUGGGCCAGGCUGAAGAGUUCAGUGGCCGUGGGGAACAGGCCACGUUUGACUGGCUUUUUCGUGGCUAUGGAGUUGCAUUCAGUCAAGGGGAAAGAGCCAAGCAGCUACGCCGAUUCGCCAUCACAACCUUGAGAAAUUUUGGUAUGGGGAAGCGAUCCAUUGAACAACGGAUCCUGGAGGAGGCCCAGUUCCUGCUGGAGGCACUUAGAAACAUCAAAGGUGCACCUUUUGACCCUACCUAUGUUCUGAGUCGUACUGUGUCCAAUGUGAUCAGCUCUAUCGCCUUUGGCAACCGCUUUGACUAUGAAGAUAAGCAGUUCCUCUCUUUGCUGAACAUGAUCACGGAAAGUUUCCGUUUUACUGCAACCUCAUGGGGGCAGCUCUACGACAUGUUCUCUGGCCCAAUGCAGUACAUGCCUGGGCCCCAGCAGAAAGCCUUCAAGCAGCUUUCCGGGCUAGAAGAAUUCAUCGCAAGGAAGGUGAAAGAGAACCAGAAGACCCUGGACCUGAACUCCCCUCGAGAUUUCAUAGACAGCUUCCUGAUAAAAAUGCACCAAGAAAAGGAAAACCCAAACACAGAGUUCUUUCUGAAGAAUGUGGUUAUGACAACGGUCAACGUAUUUUUUGCUGGCACUGAAACUGUCAGCACUACCUUGCGCUACGGCUUCCUGAUUCUGCUCAAAUACCCAGAGAUUGAAGAUAAAGUCCAUCAGGAGAUUGACCGAGUGAUUGGCAGGAACCGUGGUCCCAACGUGGAUGACCGCCCACAAAUGCCCUACACUGAGGCCGUGAUCCAUGAGAUCCAGAGAUUCGCUGACGUGCUCCCCUUGGGGCUAGCACGACGCGUGAUGCACGACAUCCAGUUUCGAGGAUACACAAUUCCCAAGGGGACUGAGGUGUUCCCUUUGCUGGGCUCUGUGCUGAGUGACCCCAACCAUUUUGCAAGACCUGAAGUAUUUGACCCUCAACACUUCCUGGAUGAGAAUGGGAAGUUCAAGAGGAGCGAUGCUUUCAUGCCAUUCUCCAUAGGCAAACGAUAUUGCUUUGGGGAGCAGCUGGCCCGUAUGGAACUUUUCCUUUUCUUCACCAGUAUCCUUCAGAACUUCCGCUUCAAAUCUCUGAUCCCACCGGAAGAAAUUGAUAUCUCCCCCAUCCUGGUUGGUUUUGCUACCAUUCCACGUUGUUAUGAGAUCUGCAUGAUCCCACGCUGA